AUCAGUUCUGAUCUCGCGUGGCAGAAGCUUACGAUAUUGGGAAAAAAUGCAAGUUGGAGUGAACGCACAAAGCAAUAUAUUCGUUGUCGAAUUCAAACUGUUGAGAAUACAACAAAAAAAUUUCAUACAUGCAUCAAACAAAGUGAAAACAGAUGUCCAAGUGGCGCUUCAAAUGAUGAUAUUUUUCAACAAGCCAAAAUAAUGUUUAUGGAUGAUCCAAAAUACAAAG